GCGCGUUUGAAGAUGGAUAACUUGGAUGCAUUGCUUAAUGAACUGCAUCAAACAAAUGUUGAAAUACUUAAACGUAACCAGCAUUGCCCGGAAUUCGGAAGCCGCUCUUCUGACAUACGCCAAAAGCCACUAGAAACAGAAAUCGAUCAGGUUUCCAAUCCAGCUUCGGUCAUAGUAUCCCCGCUUGACAGAAACAACGCAGAACACGUACCCAAUGAACGGUUACAAUCAUUUAGGGAUAUGCAAGACUGGAAUUCAAUGUUGGAUAUGCUGGACCAAGCAGAAUAUACUAAUUUAGUGACAAAUGAGGCUUGUGGCUUCAAUGGUUCUGCUGCCCAGGCGUCCAUCCAAUCAGGUUCAGUCGGCGGAAAUCAAGCAGUGAACGACCACCUCAAAUUUCGUCAAACGUGUGAAGCGGAUGAUUCAAAACAACAACACCAAGAGGGCGAACAGUCAGAAGAUACGAAAGUAGCCGCGGCAAAAGCGGCCCAACAACUGGACGAUCUGUUGUUUUCGCUGGGUCAGUUCAAACUGGAACAACAAAAACGGCAACAACAUCCAUCACCCUCAGCUGACUUCGAUGUUCAUUCGGCUCCAACGGACAGCGUGGAUGGCACACCGGCACAGACCACCAGCGUAGACACUAACCACACGGAAAACAAUCUCUCUCGGGGGCGCACUACAAACGGAAAAUUGCAACGCCAACCAGCUAGGCGUAUUGUCGCCCUACCUAACGAUAUGGCAAACGAUGUCAACAAUGAUUCCUCAGUCCAAGGACCCAAUCACGUCUUGUCCAGUAUGAUGAGUGAUCUAUCAAAUGAGCUUGCUCAGCAAGGCGCAAUCACAGCACCCAAAGGAUUUUGUUUUGCUUGUAAAAAACCAAUUGUUGGGAUGCUUAUUUCUGCCAUGGACAAAUAUUGGCAUCCGGACCACUUUACUUGCACAAAUUGCGGAGUCGGUCUUGUUCGAGCAAACUUUUACGAGAGAGACAGCCAACCAUACUGUACCGAUUGCCACGCCAGGCUUUUUUCUCCGAAGUGCGCCAACUGUGGGGAGGCUAUCCUGGAGAAAUGCAUCGUCGCCUUGGGUCGAACGUGGCACCCAGAACAUUUUUUUUGCAAUGGCUGCUACCGUGGCUUCUCAGGACAAGUAACUGUACACGAGCAUGAGAACAGAGUAUAUUGCCCUGCAUGCUAUCUCGAACGCUUCGGUACUCGAUGCAGUGGCUGCAAUCGGACUAUCACAGAUUCGUACAUCACCGCUCUGGACGUGCCCUGGCAUCGAGCUUGCUUCGUCUGUCAGGACUGCGGAAAAUCCCUGUCAGGAUCUAACUUUCACGAAGUGGACGGCUAUCCAUUUUGUGAAGCACACUUCUACCAACGUCGAGGACUGUUAUGCUACGCAUGUUCGAAACCGAUAACAGGUCGUUGUGUCAAUGCUCUUGGACGUCGAUACCAUCCUGAACAUUUUAAGUGUGCUUACUGCCUUCAGACUUUACAAACGGGAACAUUUAAAGAGCAUUCGAGCAAACCUUAUUGUCAUCAGUGUUUUGCUCAGUUAUUUGGCUAACGAUCCGUUCAUGGGUGAAUGUAGUCUUCCAUUCGCGAAACCGUCCCACGUUGACUACGAAAUGCCUGAUCUCAUUCGCACCGAAUUUCGCACAAUUAUCUCCCUGUACAGUUCAUAUAGUUUCGGACCAAAAACAAAUCUGCUCUUAUUCUUUUUUGCUUGACACCUUAUAUUGCUGUCCAGUUCGCGGUAUAACUGUGCAUGCAGUAGGAAAGAUUACCGAACCCCCUAUUCUUUGCUUCCGCGAUAAUUUUUUGAUACUUUUUUAUCAUUCAGAAUGCUUUCGGGAAGCGAACGUUAUUGUUUUCCUUUUUAUCAACAACCACAUCUUUUGUGAACGUUUU